CUCGGCGCAUCAUCAUCUGGCGCCGACACACAUAGACAGUCUACCUGUAGCGGGCCGCAACUCGACGUGCCCUCUCCCGGAACCUUUUGCGGCCGUUCCGCCCCGAGGUAUCGCUUCGUAGACCGAGAAAACCCGCGGCCAAGAUGGCUGUCGCCAUAAACGACCGGACGGCCGAGUUUCGCCACAUCGUCAGCGCAGCGAAGCGUCGCCAGGCUGCCAAAGCUGGCUCGCAGAGGCUUCUCAACGACGCCCAGAAGGCCGCUUCCGGAGGCGAUGGGCAACCGCGAAGGUCCGAGUUCGCCAGGAAGGCCGCCGACAUUGGGCGUGGAAUAUCGGGAACAAUGGCAAAGCUGGAAAAGCUGGCGCAACUUGCCAAGAAGAAGACACUCUUUGAUGACAGGCCGGUGGAAAUCAACGAGUUGACCUUCAUUAUCAAGCAAGAUCUGUCGACCCUGAACGAGGAGAUUCGCGGCCUCCAGGCCCUUUCCCGGCGACUCCAUCCGAAGCCGGACCAAGAGGGCGAAAAUAAUAAGAAUAUUCUCCUACUUCUGCAAGGGAAGCUGGGGGAUGUUGGUGCGAAUUUCAAGGACGUUCUGGAAAUCCGGACAAAAAACAUACAGGCGUCGAGGUCCAGGACCGAGGCUUUCGUGUCCACAGUAGGCCAGCACGCGCACGCGUCCAUACAACAAUCUGCGUCUCCACUUUAUGGGACGCCGAAUAGGGGGACGCCGUCUCCGGGGGCGGAUCUGAUCUCGCUGAAUCCGUCAGGAGACCAGCAGAUGCAGAUGCAGAUGAUGGAAGAGGGCCAGAACGUGUACAUCCACCAGCGCGGACAGGCCAUCGAGGCCAUCGAGUCAACCAUUAAUGAGCUCGGGUCAAUCUUUGGGCAGCUCGCGAGCAUGGUCAGCGAGCAGUCGGAUAUGAUCCAGCGAAUUGAUGCCAACACAGAAGACGUGGUGGACAACGUCGAGGGCGCGCAGAAAGAGCUGCUUAAAUAUUGGUCUCGCGUCUCGGGCAAUCGCUGGUUGAUAGCCAAGAUGUUUGGGGUUCUUAUGAUUUUCUUCCUCCUCUGGGUAUUAAUAGCUGGGUAGGCUAUUAUGUCUCGAGGUUCAGUUUUGUAGCUCGCCGUUUGUCACUGUCACCCUAUGCCCAACGCCGCAUUAUUUGGUCUUCUUGUAUCAAUACUUCUUGUCACAACCUCUAUGAACGAGCUUUUUUUUUUCUCUGUCUGCAUGCAAAUCAGAGAAGGGGGCGUCUUGGUCUAGACUAUAUUACUUUUUUAUUACUAUAUCAGCUUUGGGCAUAGGAUAGGGCAUUAUGCAAUCGAUCGGGGUUGUUUACUUUUCGUUCAUGUUUUGCCGUCCAC